UUCUCACUACAUAUUGCUAUCACCGCUCAGAGUCUUACACCUCAAACUCUGCGCUUUGCUUUCCCUCUCUCUAUCUCUCUCACAGUCCAACCCGAGCCACGAUAGCAAGUAAAGACCAAAGCUCGACCAGUGCAGAGCAAUGGCUUCUACCACCGUGGCCGAGCAACUGAACUGUAAUCGCAUCACCACUCGUGCUGCGGCGAAGCGGAGGGCGAUGGCCGCCUUGGUUGAGGAGCACCGGCUGGCUACCAAGAAGCGCGCGGUGCUUGGAGAUGUUACGAAUUUGGUCAAAGUCGUCGUUUCGGACAACCAUAAAUCUUAUGGUGAGUUGCAGAAACCGAAUUGUGCAAUCAAGAAGGAGGAGAAGAAGGCCGUAGCAACACGUGACAUUGAGGAUCCGCAACUGUGUGGACCUUAUGCUUCGGACAUUUAUGCCUAUCUUCGUAGGAUGGAGGUGGAACCAAAGAGAAGGCCGUUGCCUGAUUACAUGGAGAAGGUUCAGAAAGAUGCUAAUGCUAAUAUGAGAGCGGUCCUUGUGGAUUGGCUGGUGGAGGUUGCAGAGGAAUAUAGGCUCCUUCCAGACACUCUUCAUCUCUCCGUUUCUUAUAUCGAUAAGUAUCUAUCGAUCAAUGUGGUCAAUAAGCAGAAGCUUCAGCUACUGGGAGUUGCUUCAAUGUUCAUUGCAUCGAAAUAUGAAGAGAUUACUCCUCCAAAUGUGGAUGAGCUCUGUGACAUAACAGAAAAUACGUAUACAAAAGAAGAGGUGAUCAAGAUGGAGGCCGACAUUCUCAAGUCCCUGAAAUUUGAAAUGGGCAAUCCUACUACUCGGACAUUCUUAAGAAAAUUCACUGAUAUUGCUCAAGAGAAUUACAAAACUCCCAAUUUGCAGUUAGAGUUCUUGGUUUGCUACCUUGCUGAGCUGAGUUUAUUGGAUUACAAACUUGUGAAAUUCCUGCCUUCUUUGGUAGCUGCAUCAGUUGUUUUUCUGGCACGAUUUAUGACUAGAACAAAAAUACAUCCUUGGUGUCCAGCCCUGCAACAGUAUACUGGAUAUAAAGCAGCUGAUUUGAAAGAAUGUGUUCUUGCCAUACAUGACAUGUGCUUGGGUAGAAGAGCACGAAAUUUGAAUGUUAUUCAAGAGAAAUACAAACAACUUAAGUUCAAAUGUGUGGCACACACUCCUUGCCCUCAAGAUAUACCAGCUUCUUUAUUUGAAGAUCUGAAAACAUGAACGUACAAUCCUUGUGGCAAGGGCUUGUCCAAUGUGAUAGUAAGGUCUGGAUAUAAGUUUUAUUGGGUGUGCUUGAUUGAUUGGAGGGUUAACGGCGAGGGCUGAUGAUGUUUGCCAAUUGCUAUUGGGUGAGGAUGGGGCAUCAUUCUGCUUUGCGCCAGAUUACAACUUGAUUGACCUUUGUGUUGGAUUUCUGGGAAGCAGCUGGUUCUAUAUUAUCAUUCAGCAAAUACACUUCAGCUAGCGCAGAUCAAACUGAGUAAGCUGUGAUGCAGGGUAUGGUCUGGUGGUGAACCAAAUGAGCUGACCCAAAGGGUCGCACUUAAGCAGACUGAUGCUGUAAACUUUCCACCCGAUGUGGUGCAAGUGCAACGAUGGGUGCAUGGCAUCUAACCGUAGUGUGCCGACAAACAAAAUAUACAUGAUUGCUUGAUCACCUUAACAGCUGGGUUGCAUUUGUUUAGCCACAGACGUAACAAAUGACGCACGAGAAGAGUGUUGCUGUUGUCAAACUGAAACAGCCAGGACAGCGGCUAUAAUUUACUUUUGUGGUUAGGUUAAC